AUGAUAGUUCUGAUAAUACGAAUUCGAAGAGGAAGAAAAUGAGUUUUUCUAAUAGUAGGAAGAAAGGGGAGUCCAAAAUGUGUCAUCAGUGUCAGAGGUCUGAUAAAGAAAGAGUUGUGUGUUGUUCCAAAUGUAAAGUGAAAAGAUAUUGUCUUGCUUGUAUCAAUAGAUGGUAUCCUGGGAUGGUAGAGGAGGACUUUUUAAAAGCUUGCCCUGUAUGUCGUAACUUUUGCAACUGCAUAGCAUGUUUGCGGUUAGAUGGGACAGCAAAACAUUUGAUGAAUGUAGAAGUGAAGUUCAGUGAUGAAGAAAAAUUUGAGUACUCUAAGCACAUUGUACAAGCACUUUUGCCUGCUUUGGAACAACUUAAUACCGAGCAAAUGAUUGAAAAGGAGAUUGAGUAUCAGAUUCAAGCAUUGCCAGAUUCGGAGGUUAAAAUACCCAAAGCAAAAUACGAGAAGGACGAGUGUAUUUAUUGCAACUAUUGCAGUGCAUUUAUUGUUGAUUUUCACCGGAGGUGUUCUAGUUGUUCCUAUGAACUUUGCCUUACUUGUUGCAAAGAAUUAAGGAAUGACAACUUGCAAGCAGAUGCAUCCGAAGUGAGGAUGCAAUAUAUUUACAAUGGACUGGAUUAUUUGCAUGGUAAAGGUUGUAGCGUAACUUCAGUCAAGAAUGGAACUUGUGGUGGAACGACUAAAGUUAAAAUAAGGGAUCAAACUAAGGUGGCGAUGACAUCUAAAUGGAAAUCCGUGGAAAAUGGUGCCAUUCCUUGCCCACCCAAAGAUAUGGGAGGCUGUAGUAACGGAACAUUAAAUUUGAGAUGUAUAUUUUCUGAGAAUUGGAUAUCGCAGCUGUUACUCAAAGCUAAAGAAAUAUCUCAAAAAUGUAAAGUGAAGGAAAUGUAUAAUGAUUCAGAACUGCACCACUCCUGUUCAAAAUCUAAGGGUGAAAAUGGUACUUAUGGUGGCAAGCUACGUAAGGCAGCUGCUCGGGAAAGUUCUGAUGAUAACUAUGUAUUCUGUCCAGCAGCUGUGGAUACUCGGCGUGCAAAUUUGAGGCAUUUUCGUCUAUAUUUAGCUAAGGGUGAACCAGUUGUUGUAACUAACGUCCAUGAUAAUGCGUUGGGAUUGAGCUGGGAACCUAUGGUAAUGUGGCGUGCUUGUCGACAAACCAAGAAGGCUACUGAUGUUUUGAAUUGCUUAAAUUGGUGUAAGUUGGAAAAGAACAUACACCAGUUUUUUAUAGGAUACACGGAGGGUCGCUUUGACAGUUACGGGUGGCCUCAACUCUUAAAGUUGAAUGACUGGCCGCCAUCAGGUCUAUUUGAUGAGCGGCUGCCGCGUCAUGGUGCUGAAUUUUCAAGUUGUUUACCUUUUAUGGAAUAUACACAUCCUCAAUAUGGCUAUCUCAAUCUUGCUCUAAGACUUCCUGAUAACUGCGUGAAGCCAGAUUUGGGACCUAAGGCAUACAUUGCUUAUGGUUUUCCUAAGGAGCUUGGACGUGGAGACUCAGUCACCAAACUACACUAUGUUAUGACUGAUACGGUCAACAUGUUGAUGCACACUCAAGCAGUGGUCCCAACAGUUGAACAGCUCUCGGCCAUAGAGAAGUUGAAACAGAUUCACAAAGAGCAGGAUCAGAGGGAAUUUGUAGCUGAUGCUAACAGGAUGCAUGAGAGCAUUAAGGAUUACGUCCCUAAUGUAAACGAAAAAUCUGUGCUGAAAGGGAUGAACUUUUCUCAGAAGAAACAGAACUGUGAUGGUUUGAAAGUUGAGAAUAGUAGUAAAUCUGAGAAUAAGAAGUAUUGCCUCCGAAGUGUGAAAGCUGAUUGUGAAACAAAGAAAGACGGAGAGGAUAGUAGUUCUCGUUUUGGGAAGGAUAGGUCUGAAGGAUUUGAAGAAGCAGAUGGUGGUGCUCUAUGGGAUGUCUUUAGGAGGCAAGAUGUUCCUAAAUUGGAGGAAUAUCUCAGGAAACACUUCAGGGAAUUUAGGCACAUAUAUGGCUCACCGUUGCCGCAGGUUGUUCAUCCCAUUUUUGAUGAAACUUUCUACUUGAGCACUGAGCAUAAAAGGAGGCUAAAGGAAGAAUAUGGAAUUGAACCGUGGACAUUUGUUCAAAAAUUAGGUGAAGCUGUUUUCGUUCCUGCUGGAUGUCCUCAUCAAGUUAGAAAUUUAAAGUCCUGUAUCAAUGUCGCUGUUGAUUUUAUUUCUCCUGAAAAUGUGAAUGAGAGCAUCUGUUUGACUGAGGAGCUUCGCAAGCUUCCCAGAAAUCAUGAAGCUAGGGAAGACAAGUUGGGGGUAAAGAAAAUAAUUGUUCAUGCAAUGAGCCAAGCGGUGAAUCAAUUGGAGAAGACACUAUUGAACUCUGAAGCAGGCAUCGAUACAGGAUUAUCCUUAUCACAUUCGAUCAGCAGAAGUAUAAAUUCUAUGCCAGGACCAAGUACACCAAAAUCUUCCUCCUCCGUUUCGGAAGAUCUAUCUAGUCGCAAGACUGCCAAAAGAGAAGAAUAUGUUGUUCCAACUGAGAAUGAGAAACCAAGAACUGCUGAAGUUAAUCUACGUUCUCCGCUUCCAGUUCUUGAUCAUCUGUCUUCAGCCAACAAGGCUAUUCCAGGACCAAGUAUGCCAAAAUCUUCCUCCGUUUCGGAAGAUCUAUCUAGUAGCAAGACUACCAGAAGAGAAGAAUAUGUUGCUCCAAGUGAGAAUGAGAUACCAAGAACUGCUGAAGUUAAUCGACGUUCUCCGCAUCCAGUUCUUGAUCACCUGUCUUCAGCAAACAAGGCUAUUCCAGGACCAAGUAUGCCAAAAUCUUCCUCGGUUUCGGAAGAUCUAUCUAGUAGCAAGACUACCAGAAGAGAAGAAUAUGUUGCUCCAAGUGAGAAUGAGAUACCAAGAAAUGCUGAAGUUAAUCGACGUUCUCCGCAUCCAGUUCUUGAUCACCUGUCUUCAGCAAACAAGGUUUACUCAAUUGAUUACUGA